AUGUCUCACAGAAAGUACGAAGCACCACGUCACGGUUCCUUAGGUUUCUUACCAAGAAAGAGAGCUGCUAAGCAAAGAGGAAGAGUUAAGUCCUUCCCAAAAGAUGUCAAGUCUAAGCCAGUUGCUUUGACUGCCUUCUUAGGUUACAAAGCUGGUAUGACCACCAUCGUCAGAGACUUGGACAGACCAGGUUCUAAAAUGCACAAGAGAGAAGUUGUCGAAGCUGCUACUGUUGUUGACACCCCACCAAUGGUUGUUGUUGGUGUUGUUGGUUAUGUUGAAACCCCAAGAGGUUUAAGAUCAUUGACCACUGUCUGGGCUGAACACUUGAGUGAAGAAGUCAGAAGAAGAUUUUACAAGAACUGGUACAAAUCCAAGAAGAAGGCCUUCACCAAAUACUCUGGUAAAUACGCCACUGACGCCAAACAAGUUGAAACUGAAUUGGCCAGAAUCAAGAAGUACGCUUCUGUUGUCAGAGUCUUGGCCCACACUCAAAUCAAAAAGACUCCAUUGUCUCAAAAGAAAGCUCACUUGGCUGAAAUCCAAAUCAAUGGUGGUUCUGUCUCCGACAAAGUCGACUGGGCCAAAGAACACUUUGAAAAAGAAGUUUCUGUUGACUCUGUUUUCGAACAAGAUGAAAUGAUUGAUGUCAUUGCUGUCACCAAGGGUCACGGUUUCGAAGGUGUUACCCACAGAUGGGGUACCAAGAAAUUGCCAAGAAAGACCCACAGAGGUUUGAGAAAGGUUGCUUGUAUUGGUGCUUGGCAUCCAGCUAACGUUAACUGGACCGUUGCUAGAGCUGGUCAAAACGGUUACCACCACAGAACUUCCAUCAACCACAAAGUUUACAGAGUUGGUAAAGGUUCCGAUGAAGCUAACGGUGCUACUGAAUUUGACAGAACCAAGAAAACCAUCAACCCAAUGGGUGGUUUCGUUAGAUACGGUAACGUUAACAACGACUUUGUCUUAUUGAAAGGUUCUAUUCCAGGUGUCAAGAAGAGAGUUGUCACCUUGAGAAAAUCAUUGUACGUUGACACUUCCAGAAGAGCUGUCGAAAAGGUUAACUUGAAAUGGAUCGAUACCGCUUCUAGAUUCGGUAAAGGUAGAUUCCAAACCCCAGCUGAAAAACACGCUUUCAUGGGUACUUUGAAAAAAGACUUGGAAAACUAA